AUGGCCAAUAUGAAAUCACUUGCAAGCUUGAUUCUUCUUUACAUGUCUAGCGCUUGCAUUGCUCGGAAUGAUGGUGUUCCUGGGACCUGCACCCCCCCCCUCAAACCCAGUGGACCCACUGACAGGCAAUACUGGUAUCUGUAG